CAGUUUUCAGCAGAGCAUCAAGAGAAGAGCAACUAGUUACUGAGGAAGGAGAUAGACAAACUGCUGGAGGAAAAUAAUUCAUCUGACAGCAAAGAUGCAGUGGAGUCUGAUUCUGCUCUUCCUGAUGGCUCAGUGUUGCUUCAUUAACUGUCAGCUCUAUGAGUUUCACUACAUUAAUAAGGAAAAGACCUGGACUGAAGCUCAGCAGUACUGCAGAGAGAAACACACUGACCUGGCCACAGUGACUAACAUGAAGGCCAUGAAGAGACUCAUCAACAUCUCAGCUGGAGAUCAGAGUGAAGCUUGGAUUGGUCUGAUCAGUAAACCAGAAUUUACCAGAACAUGGUUCUGGUCUCUGUCUGGAGUGGAGUUCAAUGAAAGUGAGACAAACUGGAAAGAAGGAGAACCAUCUGAUAAAGGAAUUCAAGGAACUGAAAACUGUGCAUUUCUGAAUCAUGAUCUCAAAUGGGGAGAUACUGGCUGCGGGGCCCAAAAGAACUUUGUCUGCUUUAAUCAAACUAAUACAACCAAUAAAUAUCACUUGAUUAAAGACAUGAAGACCUGGCAGGAAGCUCAGAGUUACUGCAGAGAGAAACACACAGACCUGAUCAGUGGAAUGAAGCAACUACAGGAUGGAGAAGUGAAGAAUUUGAUGAAGCCUAAUGAUGAACUACACAUCGGUCUGUUCAGAGACACCUGGAGGUGGUCAGAUGGAAGCAGUUUCUCUUUCAGACACUGGAAUAAUGACGUUAACUAUCCACAGUCCAACAGUGAUCAAUGUGCCAUGACUGUGUUUAAUGAUGGAGGCAGAUGGAGGUAUGAGAACUGUGAUGGAAGAAAACCCUUCAUCUGUUAUGAUGAUAAAUUGAUCCUGAUCAAAGAGAAGAUGAACUGGGAGGACGCCUUGUACUACUGCAGAGAUCACCACCAUGACCUGGUCACCAUCACCAACAUGGAUGACCAAAUAUGGAUCCAGGAGAAAGUCAAGAACGCAUCGACUCCUUUUGUCUGGACGGGUCUGCGCUACACCUGCACUCUGGAUUUCUGGUUCUGGGUCAGUGAUGAGGUGGUCAUCUAUAAGAACUGGGCCGAAGGUGAACCGAUGGACGACUGUGACAUGUCUGGAGCCAUGGAGACGAAAAGGAACCAUCAGUGGUUCAAAAGAAAUGAUUCUGACCUGUUUAAUUUCAUCUGUUCUAAAGAGUAAAAUCCUCUCUGCUUGUUUAUUCUUCAUGUGGUUCUUAUUAAAUGUUGGUUUCUUCCAACUUUACUUUCCUUCUGAAAGAAAAGAAAAUCUUUACAU